AUGACUGAUGAUAUACGGUAUCAACAUCGCACACGUUGCAACGAUUUAACGAUAGUAUUCUGCGAUGCUAUGUACAAAGAAGCACUGAUUGCUAUUGAGGAUCUUAGCAUUAUUAUUGACAACUUGCCACUCAGUUAUUUCGGUAUGCCUUCUCCAAAUCGAAGUGCAUCUUAUUUAUUGAACAAUGACAUGAAUCGUGAACUUCAAUACAAUACGAUAGAAAUGGCAGUGAUUGUUACUCACAAUGUUCCACUAAUGAAUGAGGAACAAAGGAGCAUUUAUGACCGCAUUAUGCUCGCAAUUUCGGCAGGACAAGGUGGAUUUCUUUUGGAUGCACCAGGUGGAACUGGCAAAACAUUUAUUAUUUCGCUAAUUCUCGCUGAAAUACGAUCAAAUAAUGGCAUCGCGUUAGCCGUUUCAUCAUUUGGCAUUGCGGCAACUUUAUUGGAUGGAGGCAGAACAGCUCAUUCGGUAUUUAAGCUGCCAUUUAAUAUUCAAAGCAAUCCAGAAGCAGUGUGCAACAUAAAAAAGCAAUCGUCUAUGGGCACAGUGUUUCAACACUGUGAUUUCAGAGGAACACUUCCCGUCAUUCCGCGUUCAAUGUACGCUGAUGAGAUCAAUGCUUGCUUGAAAUCAUCUCCACUGUGGCGUAAUGUUGAAAAAGUUCAACUAAAAGUAAAUAUACGCGUCCAAAUGCUUCAAGAUCCAUCUGCUGAAACAUUCUCAAAACAAUUGUUAGACAUCGGUGAUGGAAAAGUUACUAAGGAUGAGAAUGGAUGCAUGAAAUUACCGGACGAUUUCUGCACAAUCAUUGAUUCACAAGAUGCUCUCAUUAACCUAAUAUUUCCCGAUGUACACACACAAUACAUUCAUCAUGAGUGGCUGGCAGAAAAGGCGAUUUUAGCUGCAAAAAAUGUGGACGUCAACGAAUUGAAUCUGAAGAUACAACAGUUAUUGCCAGACUCCUAA